AUGAUGGAAGAAACGGAUAAAAAGUCCGAUGACCCCAAAUGGGAGAUGACCAAUGACGUUAUCAGGGAAGAUGAUACAGAUUGGAAGAAGCGACGAGCAGUUCCUUUAUUGGAUCUGAAGAACUUAAUGAAUAACGGAAAUAGGAGUUCCUAUUUUACGCUCUAUGACGAAGGGCACACUAGGAUACUAGCCUCCUUGGUACCAGAUGAGAUCAUCUAUAACAUCGGGGACUAUUCUAAGAGGGACUUCGAUGCGUGCCUACUUUUUGGAGAUGUUUCUGGUUUCACCGAUCUUUGCGAGAAGUACAACAAAUCUGGCAAAGGUGGUCCCUCACGUCUCACUCAAGUUCUUAACAAUUACAUUGGGGCCAUGGUGCAGGAGAUCAUGUCCCAUGGAGGAGAUGUCCUGAACUUUUCCGGUGACGCCUUCAUAGCUCUAUGGAAGGUAACUGACCAGGUGAGCAUGAGGGACGCCGUGCACGAAGCCAUCGACUGUUCACUGGUGAUCCAGAAGACGUAUGGAACUUAUCAGACUGAUGUGGACGUUGUAGUCAGAGUGAAGCUAGCCGUAGCUUCCGGUCACCUAGUAUUCUCAUUGCUGGGCAACAAGGAGAGUUCCCAUUAUAUCAUGACUGGCGAUCCGAUUGAUGCCAUAAAAGACGCAGAAUCUAAAAGUUCAGCUGGAGAAAUAGUGAUAACAGCUAGAGUCGCUAGGCACUUUGCCGCCAAUGAAUACCUCGUAAAGGUACUUCCGGAUGGACAUAUCAAAGUCCUUGGAGUUGGUCCUAACUGGAGAAAUAUACAACGGCAAUACGACGAUAAAGAUGGUUAUGGGAAAUACGGCAGAGAAUCAAAUGAUCCAUCUGUGGCGUCUGAUAUCAGUCUUCCAAGUGCUUUUAGUAUAAGAGUAUCAACAGGAAUCGAUGAAGGGGUAGCUGCUAUGUCAACUGAUCAAUAUGCAUUAAGGUCAGCGGUGAAUCACGCCGCCCGCAUGAGACUAAAAGAUGAACUUAGGCGGUUCAUAAUACCUCCAGUUGUAAGAGGUAUCGAUGCCUCGGAACCGCUGGAGUAUUUGACGGAAAUUCGACAGGUGGCCAUUUUGUUUGUAAAUUGCAAAGUGUCCGUGCUAGUAGGACCUGUGGAGGGCAUUGACGUCGCAGAUAAUGUUUACGUCACUGUUUACGACAUAGUAAAGGACCGAUAUGGUUGUGUCAACAAAAUCAGCAAUUUUGACAAGGACCUAAUGUUGCUGAUAAUUUUCGGACUGCGAGGAUUCAAACAUGAGCUGGAGAGCCAGAUAGCCUUGAGAUGUGCCUCAGAAUGCUUUGAGAAAAUAAAAAACAUUCGUGAAAUCAAUGAAGUUGCGGUUGCCGUUACAACAGGGCGGUGUUACUGUGGGGCUUUUGGCCAUACUUUAAGAAGAGAAUAUACCGUUAUUGGUUUAGUAGUAAAUAAAGCUGCCAGACUUAUGAUGGCUUAUCCGAAUAGAGUCACGUGUGACAAAGAAACUUUUCUUUACAGUAAAUUAGAAUCUCGCAAUUUCAUUUUGCAAGAAUACAAACCACUGAAGGGCAUUGUGAACCCAGGACCAAUAUAUGAAUUUAAGGAAGUUGAAAGGACUCACGACUUAGGAUUUUCCAUUAGUCCCUUUCCUUUGUUAGGAAGAGAGCAGCAACUAGAUCUGUACAACAAUCUCUUAAAAAGGGCCAUGGACUUGUUUCGAACGGAUACCGUAGACCAAUUGUUCAACGUGUUAAUAGUCCGAGGUAACUUUAGGCAGGGAAAAACGAGACUACUCGAGGAAAUAUUGUUCACUUCAGAUCCCAGCAUUCCCAUUAACACGUUCACGUUGACUCCUGAUGAUCGAGAUAUUUCCUUCAGAACGAUCCAACUUAUGUUUCAUCAGUUCAUUGGCAUGCCUGGAAAAACCUCCAGGUCUAGCAGAGAACGAAAAAUAGCAGCUCGUCUCCAAGACAAAAACGUCGAUGAGUAUUUGUUUAUCUUCAACAGAGUAUUCGAUGUGCGUUUCAAAGUAACUAUGAAUCUAGAGACCGACGAAAAAAUACUGGAAUUGUUAUCCCAAAUGUUUGCUUUACUAUGCACCACGUGUUUCUCGGCGUUUUGGAUAAUGGCUAUUGACGACGCUGACUACACAGAUGAUGAAUCCUGGAUGCUGAUUCAAAUUCUGAUCGAUUUACGUCUGACGUUCAUACUGGCCACUAUGAGCACUCAAAAGGAAUUGACUUCUUACACUUUGCAGGUUCUGAAGAAUGAACAUAUAAAAAUCGUCGAUCUAAAACCGAUAGACGUUUGGUAUCACGGUGGACUGAUUUGUCAAAUGCUUGGCAUAGAAGGCGUUCCACCUGAAUUAGAGAAACUGGUGCAACGCAAAAGCAACGGCAAUCCAGGUUGGAUUGAGAGUUUUCUAAUGACCUUGGUGCAGUCUGGUGCAAUCCAUACUGUAGAAAUAAAAAGAAUCAAUGCUUAUAACAGAGGAAUAAUCAUGCCUCCCCCAUACAUGCUGAUGAGGUUAUCGAAAGAUGAAAUCGAUUUAUGGGUGAAUAUUAUGGAAGAGAAUGCAUUUGGAAAAAGAGACGAGGAUGCCUCAAGAAGAUGGAAGAUAUUCGUGGACAGUUGUAGGGAAAGCUACCCAGAUUUAACAAUUUCAAAGACGUUUAAAGAUUUCGCAAAAGACGUAGUUAUCAAAACCUGCAACCUGAACGAAGAUUUGAAUCUGGAAGACGUUUUACCCGAACAACACUUGGAUGUCGUCAUUUUGCAGACCUUCGAUUCCCUCACAUCCUACGAACAACUCCUUUUGAAGUGCAGUUCCGUACUUGGUGAUAUGUUUACCAGGGAUAUGCUGCUAUACAUCAUGUCAUCUACAGUUAAUCGACUGACGGCGCUAGCUGUACAGAAACUCUUCGAAAUUCAGGUGUUAAGCUGCGCAAAGGGAAAUUUUGUUGAGGGCGGUCUUAAUUUCAAGGAAAGGUUAAUCGACCCCAACGAAGAUUUAACUGUGAAAUGCGAUUGCACUGGAUUGGUAAUAGAAGAUUCCUGUAUAGAUUUGCCCAAAUACGCUUCUUGCGGCUACAUACGGUUCCGAUCUUCUGAGUUUCGAGAAACAACCUACAAUCUCUUAACAGACAAUCAGAAGAGAGAGUUCCAUGGGAAAGCCAUAAGGUAUAUGGAAAGAGAAACGCGGAGAUGUCGUGCGUGUGGCAGUGGAUAUUUCUCAAGAUACUUGGGCACAGGAAGGCUUGACGAUGGACUGAGGUAUACUACUAGAACCAAGAUGAAAAAAUAUUCCGUGGUUAGCCAAGAGACGUUAGACAUUCAGGCAGAAAAGUUAUCCAUAGGAAGACUAUCGAAUUUGUCGAAUACUAAAUCCCACAUAAACGGCUCCAAGAUCAGAGAUACCUAUCUCAGCACCAGCGGCAGUACCUCGGGAACGGGAAGCCUCAAUUCAAAUGUGACAAAUAUAUAUGAAUAUUCUGGUUUAGGAUUCUCAACAGUACGAAAACUGAAGAAUAAUUACAAUUUAGUGAAGUCCUUUUCUUCUUAUGAUUAUUCUCAAUGCACUUGCCUCCAGAUACUAAGCACCAUGUAUUCGCAGUUGAUAGAACAUUGUAAAGGAGCAGGUCUUGUUGAAAAAAUCAUGGCAGCGACCAUAGAAUACUCAUAUGUGUGUAUAAUAAACAAUAAUGCACCCCAAGCCAUUAGACUUCUAGAAGAAGCUUUGAAACUGUUAGACGGACCAAUGAAAGAACAAAUUGAACUAGAAUGGAUGGUUUCUCUCAAAAGAGGAAAGCUUUUCUCCCUCAUGGGUCGGGCUAGAAUGAGUUUAGAAGACGAUGAAGCAUACGAUUAUCUCAUGGAAGCGUUACAUUGUUAUGGAAUAAGUUUUCCCAAGACACACCUAGGAAAAUACAUAUUAAAAAGCCGUCUCAAAUUGAGACAGAAGAUCAAACUCUACAUAUUUUCAAAUGUUGUUGCUAGAAGAAGAUUCGACGAAGAUCUAGCAGAAUAUUGCAACAACGUUUCCGAAUGCCUACACAUGCUCUGCACUUAUUUCUUAGGUAAAGACAAAUGGGAUGAAGCCGAACUGGCUGCCAUUUGGAGCUUAAACAAAGCCAUACAAACUGAGUCUGAUUUUGAAGUAAUAUGUUUGGCAUAUGCAUCUAUGAUUCGCCUCGUUACCAUAACAAAGCAACAUAAUUUCUCGGUUGCUCUGGAGGUAUUCGCACUAAGGACAUGCCAUAGGAAGCGAACUAUAGUCGAGUUAGAGGAGCUUAAAGCGGUUUCUGAGUUAUAUCUGGAAAUCGGCUACAGUAGAUUCUGCAGAGGAGACAUGGAGAAAUCCAUGUUGAUGAGUUUUCCCAUAUGGAGAAUCUCAAUCGCAGCUAAAAACACUCAAUUGCUUUUCCAAUGCUUCAACAUGAUAGCUUACCAAACACUAUUAAAGAAGCAGAUUGCAGAAUUUGGAAACAUGCUCAACGAAAUGUCGUACAUACUCGAUCAGGCCCUUGAUAAUUCAGAAAAAAUGUGGUAUUUUGCCCUUUGCUUGGUAAUACAUUUGGAGACCGGAUACAUAGCUCAACCCAUGGAAAAAUGCAAGCAAUUUAUUCAAAACGAAUCUCUAGAACAACACGAUGUCAGAGAUUGUUCAGGCAAAAUGAGACUAACAAUUUGCAAGUGGCUCUGGGAAGUAAGAAAUGAGAAUUGGGAAUGGGCUUAUAUGUGGGAAGAUUUAAUUUUUAAGUUCACCAUUAAAGGCAAGGGUGAAAAUAUCAACAACCUAAUCACUGCAUUGCACCUUCUGGAGGGCCUAAUUAUCUAUAUGGUUAACAAGAUGGAUACGAAGAACAUCCGAGCUUCCGAGAAGGCUGAUAAAUUCUUUUGUUCAUUAUUACAAAAAAUGCAAAAGGCCGCAGUUAUUGCCCCUGUACUACAACCCAGGUUAUUGCACUUGCAAGCUUAUUAUAUUAUGGCGAAAUACAACGACUAUAAAGGGGCUAUGAAAUAUCUCAAAAAAUCACAUAAAGUAGCUGAAAAACAUCACAAUGAACUGGAAAUGGGAUGGAUCCGGCAUAGUGAAAUGGCAUGGAGCAAUACUCUUUCUACUGAAGAAAUGUUUGUUUGGCAAAAUCAUUCUGAUGAGGAAAACAGCAUCCACUUUACCGAUGCAGAAUCAUCUGAUAAAGUUUUGCAAUAUUCUCUACCCUUGCCCUUGUACUUAUAAAUGUAUUGGUCCUAAUUGUCUCUGGGAUACUUCACCAAUUUCCAUGUAAUUGACGUGUAAAAAGGCUCUCCCCCAAAGGAAAGUCAAUAUACAAUAAAAUAUAUAUUUUCAAAGAAA